GUUUGGUCAUAUGGAUGAUCAGUUUCUUACAUUUGAUUCUGAUCUCAUCGUGGGCAUGUUGACUUUAGGUGUUUUACUCCUCGUUUGUUCCCUUAGGGCCAGUGAAGGGUUCCUGUUUGAAGAAGGGGCCAGACUUGUUACCUACAAAUUGUACACAAGACGAACCCCCACUGGUGAAUUGAUUGAUAAAAGCAGUUUUCUGAAGUCCAGCUACAACCCAAAUGUACCGACUAAACUUGUUACUCAUGGCUGGUUCGGGGAUUUGCCAACAUUCGACGACAUGAUUGAGGCGCUCAUUGAAAAGGAGGAUGUUAACGUUAUUCGACUUGACUGGGUCGACUGGUCGUCAAACCUCGAUUAUCUCCAAGUAGUCGAAGAGGUCCCUGAUGUUGCCAUGGCAAUAAAAGGCUUCCUUGACUACAUGAUUCAAGAUGGAGGGUUGAAACUGAAGGAUCUUCACUUUAUAGGGUUCAGUCUUGGUGCUCAAGUUGCUGCAUUUGUAGGGAAACAAUACACCACCCAACAAAUAGCGAGAAUAACAUGUCUGGAUCCUAGCGGUCUUGGGUUCGAUAACAGCGACGCAAAGAAAAGCAUCCACAAAACCGAUGCAGAAUUUGUUGACGUUUUGCACACUUCGGGACUUUCCGCUGAACCUCGGGGUCAUGUGGAUUUUUGGCCAAACAACGGCGAUGAGACGCACGCAUUGUGCCCGUUGUUGUUCGCAGAAACAAUACGCCAGAGUUGUGACUUUACAGCAAGACAAUGUAACAACUGGGAAGAAUUCGUAAACAAAAAGUGUGAAAGUAAUGCGACAAACACAAUGGGUUAUAUGGCCAGUAAGACCGGGGCGCAGGGAAAUCUCUACCUUGAAAUCAACGGAUAUGAGAAACCCUUUUGUAAAAAGUCCAAGCAGUUAUAGCUCAAGUUUUGUAUAUGAAUAAUCAGUUUGUUUUAUGAACUCCUGAAUUGUGUAUUCAAUAAAUAGUUACGAAACAUGGAUUACACAACAUUAAUAUUUAGAUAUAGUUAGGCAUGUCACAUUCCAGCCAAUCAAAAGACAGAUAUAACAUAAUUUGCAUUCUAAAUUUUACAACAG